AUGGAUGCAAAAGUGUCCCGGGGCUGCCGUGUAACAAAGUACCACAACCCGGGGGGCUUCGAAGAUACAUCUCAUCUCUCCCAGUGCUGGAGGCUAGAAGCCCAAAGUCAAGGUGUUGAGGGGCCAUGCUGCCUCUCUGGUGGGUGCAGGCCAUCUCUGGUGUUCUCUGGCCUGCCACCACAACAAUCUCUGCCCCUGUUGUGACCUGGCUGUCUGCCCUCUGAGUGUCGGUCUUCACCUGAUGUGCUCCUCUGUGUGCCCGUCUGUGUCUCUUUCUCUUCUUCCAAGGACACCAGUCAUACUGGACUAGGACAUACCCUAAUCACCUAUGACCUCAUCUUAACUUGAUUACAUCUGCAGAGACCCUAUUUCCAAAUUACAUCCCAUUCACAGGAAACGGUGGUGGCGGGGAGGGGGGUGACCUCAACACAUCUUUUGGGGUCAGCAAUUCAGUCCACUACAGAAAAUAAGCGCAUGAGAAGAUGUUCAGUAUCGUCAGCCAUCAGGGAAAUGCGAAUCACAACCACGCAACUAAGGAAACCGAGUAAGAAAGAUGCAGAAGUAUGUAACACAUUAUACAAAGAGUUCCAGUGAAGAUUGUUUAAUUAAAAUUUGUCGCCUCGAAACCCAGCGAUCAAAAGUUUAUAUGUGGAUGACGUCCGAGUACUAAAAAAAUGGUGAAGAAGGUGCAUAUUCAUUUACAGGUGGAAAUAACUAGAAGGGUAGAAGGGGUGCCAAAAACAACAACAACAACAACAACAACAACAACAACAACAUAGGACUAAAAAAGAAGAUUGGUAAUUCCAAAACUCUCUGAAAAACGGCCACUCUGAAAAACAGCUUGGCAGUCUCUCAUAAAGUUAAACAUAAAUUUAGCACAGGACUCCUCCUAGGUGUUUACCCUACAGAAAUAAAAACCUGUGUCCGUGUAAAAUCCCGUACAUAAAUCCCUAUCGAUGUUCAUAGCAGCUUCAUUUGUAAUGGCCCAUACUGGAGAUCACCCAUUCCAUACAGUGGAAUACUAGAUGGUAAUAGAAACGUUUGGGAAUAAAAAGGAAGGAACCGUUGAUACAUGCAACAACCUGGAUGGGUCUCAAGCACCAAAAAAAAAAAAAAAAAAAAAAAAAAAAUCAAAAAGUGAGCGUUUGUAAAAACUGAUGAAAUCCGAAUGAUAUGUAGAGUUUUGUUGUGCCAACGUCAGUUUCCUGGUUCUAACUGCUCUCUGGUUAUGCAAGAUGUUGUUACCCUUGGGGGAAGCUGGGUGAAGGGGGCACAAAAACGAAUGAAAGAGGAGAGAUCACAACCAACACAGCAGAAAUAAAAACAAUAAUAAGAGAACAUUAGGAGCAAUGAUGUGCCAAUAAAAUGGGAAAUCUGGAAGAAAUGGACAAAUGCCUAGAAACAUAUAAACUACCAAAACUGAAACAGGAAGAAAUAGGAAAAUUGAACAGACCCAUAACCAGUAAAGAAAUUGAACCAGUAAUUAAAAGUCUCCCAACAGGGGCACCUGGGUGGCUCAGUCGGUUGAGCGUCCGACUUCGGCUCAGGUCAGGAUCACAGUUUGUGAGUUUGAGCCCCGUGUCGGGCUGUGUGCUGACAGCUCAGAGCCUGGAGCCUGUUUCAGAUUCUGUGUCUCCCUCUCUCUGCUCCUUCCCCACUCAUGCUCUGUCUCUCAAAAAUGAAUAAAUGUUAAAAAAAUUAAAAAAAAAAAGUCUCCCAAGAAACAAGAGUCCAGGACCAGAUGGCCUUCCAGGGGAAACCUACCAAACAUUUGAAGAAGAGUUAACACCCAUUCUUUUGAAGCUCUUCCAAAAAAUAGAAAUGGAAGGAAAACUUCCAAACUCAUUCUCUGAGGCCAGCAUUACCUUGAUUCCAAAACCAGACAAAGACGCCACUUUCCUUACCUCUUAAGCAACAUCUGUGCGAGUCUAAAUUCUUUCAACAUAAAAAGUGAAAAAAAAGAAUUCUCCCCAGUGUGGAGUGUCAGAUGCCCAAGGCUGUCACCGAAGGGAUGGGCCUGAAGCACACCCGCAAGCUUUUUUCUACCAACCUACUGAGGGGGAGGGGUCAAAACUACAGCUGGCCUGGGGGAGUCAUUCAUUCAUUCAUUCAUUCAUUCUGAAUACCUCCUCCAUGUCAGGCUCUAGACCAGACAGCCAGUCUCCCUGCCUUAUGCUUCAACGUGGGGCCUGAGGCCAAGAGACCCCAAAACAUCCAGAUACCCAGAAACUUGGAGAGAUUGAGAGACAGCAGAGAGAUCAAGAGAUUAAGCGACUCAGAAACCAACAGAGUCUGGGGGACACAGAGCGGGAGGGGCAGUCCCUAGGAAUGAAAAUUCACACUGGCAGCCGGGGCCAAAGCCUGAGCCUGGGAGCAAAAGCAGAGACGACUCCUGGGUGUCCAACCAGUGACGAGCAUCUGGGUCACAGGAAGGAGCCUGCAUCUGGGGUCCCGGGACCUGAUCUCCAAACCUGGUCCAGUACUCACCACCCAUGUGGCCCAGCCACAUUCCCUUCAUCUUUCAUUUAAAUGUCAGAGGUCGAGGCCCUGAGCCUCAGUUUACCAUCUGAGAAAUGGCAACGGGAACCACAAGACCUACUUCCCAGGGGCAGGUGUGUUGGUCCCGUGACUUGAGCCCACUUGGGACUUGGAGCAUAAACGAUUCAGCUUCUUUCUGGCCUCCAUUUCUAUUAAAAUAUGUAUUUUAUUUUUUAUUCUAUUUUUUUUAAGGUUUAUUUGUUUAUUUUGAGAGGGGGAGAAGCAGAGGAGGGGCAGAAAGAGAGGGAGAGAGAGAAUCCCAAGUAGGCUACGUGCUGUCAGCACAGAGCUUGAGGCGGGCCUUGAUCCAUCGAUGGAUAAAGGGAUAAGCACACUGUGGUCUAUACACAGAAUGGAAUAUUAUUCAGCCGUAAAAAGGAAGGACAUCCUGACACAUGGUAGGGCGUGGAUGAACCUUGCAGACAUGCUAAGUGAAGUAAGGGCAUCACAAAAAAAGCCAACCCCUGUGUGAUUCCACCUGCAUGAGGUCCCUAGAGUAGUUGACUUCACAGACGCAGAAGUAAAAUGGUGGUUGCCACGGACCAUGGAAGGGAAACAGGGAGUUACUGUUUAACAGGUAAAGGCGUCCAGUUUUGCAAAUGGAUGGUGGUGAUGGUUGCACGCUAUGAAUGUACUUAAAACUACUGAACUUAAGGUGCGCUGGGGCGGCUCAGUCGGUUGAGCGUCCGACUUCCGCUCAGGUCAUGAUCUCGCAGUUGGGGAGUUUGAGCCCCGCGUUGGGCUCUGUGCUGACAGCUCGGAGCCUGGAGCCUGCUUCGGAUUCUGUGUCUCCCUCUCUCUCUGUUCCUCCCCCGCUUGCACUCUGUCUCCCUCUCUCUCAAAAAUAAAUAAAGAUUAAAAAAAAUUUUUUUUAAACUACUGAACUUAAACAUGGCUAAGGAGGCAAUUUUACAUUAUGUAUAUUUUACCACAAUAAAAAAAAAAAAUUGGGAAACAAAGCUUCACCCGUCAAAUGUGGAAAGUAAUGCAGGUGCUGACUGUCCCAUAGGGUUGGAGAGGGAGUAAAUGAAGCGGUGAAGACGAAAAUCUUAAGGGCAGCUAGGCGCGAGGAGAGGGCUUGACUGUCUUUGGCAAAGGCCUCCUCUCCAGGCUUGGAGCCACAGGCCCGGCUCCCCCAGCCGCUAAAGGAUCUUGGGAAGGGGAUGUGGACUCCGGGAAUUCUCGUGCCAGGACACUCUCUUCUCUAGCUCCGAGGUUUUUGAGAUUCCUGGAUCUGAAACAAACACAGACACAGCCAGCGACCCUGCCCCAGCAAGGCGCAAUCAGUGAAGGGGGCCCAGGCCUCAUUUCCGGGCCCUGCACCUUGGCUCCACCUUUAUAAAGAGGUGGGGAGGGGGCCGUGUCGCCAUGCAGGCCCUGGGGUCCCGCCGGCCUGCCUUUACCCCUCUUGAAGGUGGUGCAGCUUUGGAGAAGCCCUUACCCGGGGAGCCGCAGCUGGGAGGCGAAUGUGGAGACCGAGCUGACUCCAGGCAGAGGCCAUCCUGCCCCACCGCGCCCUACCCGCCCCCACCCCCAUGAAAUGAACGACACUCAAGACUUUGCCACUUUCCCCGUGGUUGCCACCCAGGUGAAGCUGGGGGGCUGGAGCCGUCAGGGUGGGGGCAGCGUGUCUCUCUGCCCGCGCCCGCAUCAGGAGCUCCAGGCCUUCCUCAGCCUUCUGGAGCAUAGUUUCCUGCAGGAAUUCCUUUCCAGAGAUCCCUGUUUCCAGAUUUCAGAUAAGUAUCUCCUGGCCAUGGUGCUGGUCUACUUCCGGCGUGCCAACCUGAAGCUCAGCGAGUACACCCACAGCAACUUGUUCUUGGCGCUGUUUCUUGCAAAUGACAUGGAGGAGGAUCUGGAGGACCCUAAAUGUGUGAUUUUUCUGUGGGCCCUGGGAAAAGAUUGGCGUCGUCAGGUGGCAGACUUCCUGCACCAGAGGGAUAAGCUGUGGGCCCGGAUGGGCUUCCGGGCCAUGGUGAGCCGCCAGUGCUGUGAGGAGGUCAUGGCCAAGGAGCCGUCCCAUUGGGCCUGGACUCGAGAGCGGCGUCCCCACCACGGUGGAGCUCAGAGGGGCUGCCCAAAGGCCCGGGUGCCCCUGCCUGGAGGCCCCGGCCUCUCGCCUCCUCACUGUUCCCUCUGUGGCUUGCUCCCUGCCCACGGCCUCUGCAGCCACCAGCCCCGCCCCUUGCCUGUCUUAUCCAAGUGCCCUUCCCCAAACCCUGAGUGCCAUUGCCCUCCCUCCCAAGCUUGUCUCUCAGUGGCCGAAGACCCCUUGGUGGGGGGCUUCCUCAUCAUCCUGCCCCCCCAACUGCAGCUGGAGCCGGGCACCUACACUCUCCACACCUCUCCCUGACCUUUCUCCCCAGUCCUCCCGAAGCCUCCACCGUGCCCUAGGCGCUGAUAUUUGCAGGGUGAAGAGCAGCCCGCCUGCUUGUCUGCUGACCCAAGCCCUACCGGCUCUGGGCCCCCCCCCGCCCCGCCCCGGCCUUCUGUCUUAUUGGCCACAGGCUGGCAGUGCUGCCCAGGCCCCCCAGUCCCCUCCUCCCAACUGUACCCACUCUGACCCUGGCCCCUCUAAUAAACUCGUGUCUAUAGGACACCAACUGUGCUUAGGCCCUGGCCUGGCUCCUUGACCCAGGGUAGGGGUAGGGAGGGAAUUGGAGGAGGGGGGGGUCUGCCAGCUCUAGGUAUCAGUGAUUGAGACUCACGAGCAGAGGCUCUGUAAUAACAGUUUUCCUUUCCAUGGAUGACCGGUCAUCCUGAGCCUCAGUUUCCCCUCUGUAACAUCACCUAUGCGUGAUGAACCGUACACACAGCGUAGCUGGGGUUGAAUGAGAUGAAAAUACACGCAGUCCUUACAAGGCCCCGGAACCUAUAGGACAAAAGAAAGCUUAAAUGGAGAAGUACUCUGUGGUUAGCUCAGACAGGGCUGCAGGGCCUUGUCUGUUUAGGAAUGACACUUGGUGACUGCCCUGGGCUGCAGUCACAUAUAAGGUAAUUCUUAUAAUACAUCUACCCCCCCAUCCCCAAAAGUCAACUUGUUAAUGAGAGAGCAGAGAAGGCUUUCCAGAGAAGGUGGCGUUUGAACUGGGCCUUGAACAAUGUCAAGUUUGCCCAUGAAGGGACAGAGAUUGGGAGGUAGGAUAUUCUUGGAUAGUCUAGAGUCGAGACGAGCACUUGGUCUCUGAUGUCAGACAGCUUAAAUCCAAAUCCCAGGUUCCUGUGUGACCUUGGCAUGUUACUUGAUUUCCAUUGCCUCCUCCGCAAAAUGGGUAUUACUCUAGGAUGGGUGUUGUGUGAGGUUUGAACUGCAUCAAUCCCAGAGGGUUUCAAGCUGUCUCGGGAACAGAGCCCAGGGGCGCCUGGGUGCCUCAGUCCGUUAAGCGGCCAGACUCCAUCUUGGCUCAGGUCUCGAUCCCAGAGUCUCUCAGGAUUGUGAGUUCAAACCUGAGUUGGGCUUCGUGCGGGGCCGGAAGCCUACUCAAAAAAAAAAAAAAAAAAAAAAAAAGAGGAACAGAGCUCAGAUGGAAGCCCCAGGUGUUACUAGUGGAGGGAACGCAUAGGGAAAGUCUGGAGGGGAGGGUGUGUUUGGGGAAUGGCUGGAGGUGAAGCUGGAAAAGUCCACAUGGUCAAACAGGGGAGUCUGGACACCAUUACCUUGCGUGCUCUACGAGUGGCUCCCGAAAAGUGUAGAAGUAAGAAAGCCUGGAGACUGAGCCCAUUAGAAGC